ACUCUUUAUUCGUUUUCGUAAAAAGUAAUACGCGAUAAAUUUUGUCAAGAUGACUGAAACAUCUGUGUCUCCAGCUCCCGUUGAAGAGAAGACUGUUGCCAAGGUCGACGCUCCUAAAAAGGCAGCACCGAAAGCCAGAAAACCAUCGGCCAAACCAACCCAUCCGAGCACUGCUGAUAUGGUUAAAACUGCCAUCAAAACUCUUGGUGAACGUGGAGGUUCAUCUCUUCAGGCCAUCAAAAAGUACAUCGCUGCAACCUACAAGGUCGACGUUGAAAAACAAGCGCCGUUCAUCAAGAAAUUCUUGAAGGGAGCCGUCACCAAGGGAACCCUGGUUCAAACCAAAGGAAAAGGUGCUUCUGGAUCAUUCAAACUUGCCGUCGAAAAAGCUGCAUCCAAACCAAAAGCAACUAGUGUGAAAAAAGCUGCACCGAAGAAACCUGCAGCGGCCAAGAAACCAGCAGCCAAGAAGACUUCCGGUGAAGCCAAAGCUCCAGCCAAGAAAGCCACUGCUCCUAAAAAAGCAGCAGUUAAGAAACCAGCUGCAGCAAAAAAACCAGUAGCUGCCAAAGCACCAGCUAAACCUAAAUCCGCUGCACCAAAGGCCAAGAAAGCAGUCAAAGGUCCAACAGCUAAACCUAAAUCACCUAAACCUAAGAAGGUCGCUGCACCAAAAACACCUAAAGCUGCAGCCAGGAAAGCACCUGCAGUCAGAAAAUAAAUCUUCAAUUCAUCGUUAUAAAUUAAAACAAAAAACGGCCCUUUUCAGGGCCAAACAAAUUUUUCAAAACGUAAAAUACUCUUCGAGAUUAUUUGAAUAGAGUGUAAGAUAUCAAUCACCCAAAAUAUUCCUCUCUUUAACCCUCAACAAUUAGUAAAUAAGUUUAUUAAACAUAUUGAUGUCCUCGAUAUAAAUUUUGAUAAUUUUACUUUUAAUCUCCUUUGACAAAUUACCAUUUUUCUCAUACCUUAAAUACGGAAUUUUAAUUUGUCAUCAUUCAUACUUAUAGGACAAUUACAAUUUAAUCUCUGCUAUGAAAUCCUAUUAUUCUUCAUAUUUGAGAAUGUCAUCUAUUAUUUUUUCAAAAUGUCAACAAACAAAACGUUUGCGUUGCAGUUAUAUGAGCAAAUGGAAAUUUCAAACGAGCCUCUUAAAUAUAAACUGAAAUUUUCAAACGAUAAAUAUUUCAUUCGAUAAAUAAUAUACCUUUAGACAUUAAAUGAAUUUCUUGGAUGAUUUAGGUCAUCUAUGAGAACACU